AUGGGUGUGAGUCCAAACGAAUUUGACGACAACGAAGAGAACUUUAAUCAACUCAGGACGGCAACAGAGGACCUCGCGACCCGAUACGAUAAGGUCGAAGAUCUGUGUCCGGGAGCGACGUACUGCCUAUUCACGGAUAUGCUCGCUCGGGGAAGCUUCAACUUGGCCGAGAUAGCCUUGAGGACUCCGCUCGAACCCGAGUACGUCGAGAACUUCGGCGAGCCUCAAACUUCGUUGGGGCAGGUUGAAGGAGACAAGAGCGUGCCCAUGGCCCGAUUGGCCGAGAACAGCUUCCAGGACAACUUCCAGCUCGUCCAGGGGUCCGAGGAUUUCUUUGACACCGACUCGGAGGCUGAAGGCUGCACCAGAGUAGCCAUCGCCUCGUCUCGUUCGCACGGCUCCCUCGUCGACCCGAGGAUCGUCGGUGACUCGACCGCCGUCAAGACCCAUGCCAUGACGCGUACGAAGCUGACGUUUGAUGCCGGUUCCACCAGUGACGCGAACGACGAACAGAGCAUUCGCCGCAUAUUCCUUGGCAAGAUUUACGUCGACGGGCGUUCACAAAAUCUUGGAGCUCAAGGAGGUCCUGUACUGGCUUUGCAAAUGCGGAACCUCCACAGUUGCAAGCACGGCGUCAUCGAGGUGAUUUGCUGCGAACACCAAAGAGAGCACGGCAAGAAUAACGUCCCUGAAGAGAUCAAGGAGAUCAUGCGCUCCACUUACGAGGACACUCAUAGGGCCAAGCCGUCAAUCGUGAACACGCGUUGGCACCCCCGAAAUGAGUUUGUGUAA